AGAUAAACAAAACAAACCAGAGAGAAGACAGCGUGGAUUUGUGAGGAUAUUUCAUUUAAGUUCUCAUACAGACUACUCUUUCCGAAGCCUUAUUUUUACAACUGUAAAGCCUAGUUAGAGAGAACACGGCAGAAAAGCACAGCCAUACUCGCAUGUGUGGCUAAGGCAUUGCUAUUGAAGAACGACUUAGUGGUCAAGUUGAUUUUCUGCCAGAGACUGACAUAAGAACAAGGGUAUUGUGGGAAGUGAGGUGGCAGAAAAGUUUCCGCCAAGGAACCAGGAAUCUGUUCCCGGCAAUGCCUCAGCCUAGUGUCAGUGGAAUGGAUCCUCCCUUUGGGGAUGCCUUUCAAAACUACACUUUCGCUGACCAGGCGCUGACCAGCACUGACCUGUUAGCCAACAGCUCAGACCCAGACUUCAUUUAUGAACUGGACAGAGAUAUGACUUGUCGCCAGAGCCCCGGAAGAGACGUGUUUGAAGUUGAUGACUGCAAGGAGUUUGACAGCAUGGAAAAUCUUCCAGAAUUAAUAGACAAUGACCUGACCUACAACUCCAACUUUGAACAGUGGGACACAUAUUGGGAAGACUUGACCAAGUACACACGCCUCACCAGCUGUGACAUCUGGGGCACUAAGGAGGUUGACUUCUUGGGCUUGGAUGAUUUCUCCAGCCCUUACCAGGAUGAGGAAGUCAUAGGCCGUACACCCACCUUGGCCCAGCUCAACAGUGAGGACUCUCAGCCGGUGUCAGAUACUUUAUACCUUCCAGAUUCAUUGGCAGGCCAAAAGCAGACUCUUUUUCCUCCAUCAGUCGUCGGCAAGAAGAUGGCCAGAACCACCACUUCUGUCACAGGCACUUCCUCCAACCACAGUACACUGCCGGAUUACGCAGAUGGUUCCCAGAAGGCCACGUGGCCAGUAGCCUCAUGCACUGAGACUAUGGCAAAAGCCCAGAUGCAAGGGACUAGCAGGGUUGCAUCUCCCCUGCCAGAGAACACAGAUUAUGUACGCAAGGCCAAAGUUUGCAUUGGCGUAUCACGCAAGUCCUUCCUAGAGAGUUGUAUUCAGCAGAUCAAUGUGUCUGCUAGCUCUCCUCUCAUCAAGGAGCAAGAGACCAGUGCUUCUUUGAUCAGUAAUGUCCAAGCAGCCACUACUGACACUCCAUCUUCUCUGAUUCCCUUGGUUUGUGAGACAAGAGUGGACAUUUGUAAAAGAGACACUCCAUGUGGCUCUACUCCAGAGGUGGGGUUGUUAAGAGGAAAGUCACCGAAACUUAACUUUCCUGUGGCUGGCAGCAGUGAAACCUUGCUCACCGUGACUGCUCUUGGAGCUGAUGCUACUGCUGCUGCUGAGAAGAAGAAAGAAGAAGAACACAACUACUCACUGUUCCUGAACCGGGUAAGGCUUGCAGGCAAAGCUUCCACUGAUAUGGAGGAAGAUGAAGAGGAGGAAGAAGAAGAUGGCGAAGAGGAAGAGGAAGAGGAGGAGGCAGAGGGGGUGGACUUGGAUGAUGAAGACCAUGAUGAAGGAUUUGGCAGUGAGCAUGAGCUUUCAGAAAAUGAAGAGGAAGAGGAGGAAGAUGAUGAUGAGUAUGAGGGAGACAAAGAUGAUGACAUCAGCGAUGCAUUCUCAGAGCCAGGAUGCGACACUGACAUGGUAGAAGACGUUAAAGGUCUAACUGCUGGAAUUUCCAGAAAGAGGGGCAAGCGCAGAUACUUCUGGGAAUACAGCGAGCAACUCACCCCAUCUAAACAAGAACGGAUGCUAAAACCUUCAGAGUGGGACAGAGACACCCUUCCCAGCAAUAUGUAUCAAAAGAAUGGCCUGCAUCAUGGAAAAUACACACUAAAGAAGUCUCGGAGAACAGAUGUAGAGGAUCUCACACCCAACCCACGGAAGCUGCUUCAGAUUGGGAAUGAGUUGCGCAAACUUAACAAGGUGAUUAGUGAUCUGACCCCUGUUAGUGAGCUGCCUCUGACUGCUCGCCCUCGCUCUCGAAAGGAGAAAAACAAGCUGGCAUCUAGGGCUUGCAGAUUGAAGAAAAAAGCUCAGUAUGAAGCCAACAAGGUCAAGCUGUGGGGUCUUGGCACUGAAUAUGAUCGAUUGCUGUUUGUGAUCAAUACAAUCAAAGAGGAGAUUGUGAAUCAAGUUCAAGAUAACUCAAAUAAUAAGGAGACAAGUAUGGCAGAGAAGCUUGACAAACUCAUAGAGGAGACACUAGUGCAGUCACCAGUAGCUGGCCAGACUUCAGAUUUUGUGAACCAGAUCCUUGAGAAUACAGGCAAGGGUGACCCUACUGGAGGUCUAGUGGGACUGCGUGUACCUACGCUGAAAGUGUAGAAGCAUCCAGAUAGUGUUUGGAAGCACACUCAAAGCCAUCCUCGCCAUUCUUGUCUCAACACUCUGCAUGCCCAUGUCAACCGGAGAUGCUCAAAACGCUUAAUAUGGAUACAUGCAUACGAACACCUGUCAGUCUGUGCAUACGUAUGUAUAUAUUCACCUUCCACACACCUACAGAAAUCUCUGCACUCAGUAGUCUGUUUCCUAACCACGUGUGCAUGUGGCUGGUAAAAAAAGAAAACUCCAUCUACAGGCCACCAUUUUGCAAAAUUCAAAAGCCAAUUUUCAAGAUGCCUCCCGGAAUGUAUCGUCCUUUUGAAGAUGAAGACGCAACCUGUUCCAGCUGUAGCCAUUUUUGGUCCAGCAAAUACCCCUUUACUGGAUCAGGAAAGCAGAGGUGUUUAGGGAAUCUACUUACUUUAUGAUCAUUAUUUAAGGCUCGUAGAUAUAAAAAGACAUUUUAAGUACUAAAUGUCAUAUUUUAUGUGGUCAUGUAAAAUUUUCAACAUUUAAUCAAACCUCUGCUUUCUUAUUCCGGUGUUGUGGCAUUUGUAAACAAGUUACACCCUUAUAUGCCAACUCUGACAUAGCCAAUGCAAACAUAGAAACAUGUUACUCAUCUACCUUUAUUGGAAACCAACUCAAAGAUUGAUGGCAGGCAUAUAAAUGUAGGACAGGGAUACAGCAUGACAAUGAGGAUAGGACUUGGUUGGAGUGUUCUGUUCCUUUUGUCUUGGUGGUCUCAGGGUGAAAAGAGAGAGAUUAUUGACUGACUGGAGCAGAUGGUCCGUUUAAAUCUAUUUCCUUAACUGGGAAGAACUGUUAUUUUGUACUGGUGAGUCUAUCCACUUUGAUCAAAGUGUCUUCACAUCAGAUAACCCUGGAUGUUUUCUGAAGUUGCAUCGAAGGGGCUCAGAAGUUGAUUCCCCGACUCGGUCUUGUUCAUAUUUGUACUUAUUAAAAGUAAGAUUCAUUGUGCCUUGUAAAUGUUGUGGGGAUAAAGAAUAUCACUUGAAUGCAAGUGGACCAUGUUUCAAGGAGAAGGAAAGCAGUGAGGCAAGUCAGACCUGCGGGUUUGUUACAUAUUUCAGCUUGAUAAAGAUACUCUGAAUGAACCUAGGAACAUGGAAAAAAUAUUGAUUUAUGCCACAGAGUCUGUGCUAGGUAAAAUAAGAUGGCUCUGACAAAUAUUUCUUUCCUCUCUCUAUUUUGGUACUUCAUUUAAGUGAAGAAUGGAUGUGUGUGCUUGUGCGUGCGUGUGUGUUGUGUGUAUGUGGGGGGGUUAUUUUAAAACAACUAUUCAUAUAUUAAUUAAGAAAAAGAGAUUUGCACACUAUAUUCUGAUUGUUUUGUUUUUGUACCAAAGACACAUGCAACGUAAAUUGGCAACUAGCCAAUUUAAGUAAGGUUUUGCACAGCUAACCUGACACCGUAUUGAAUGUAGGAAAAAAGUUGUAGGGUCAGGGAUUUUCAACGAACUGUGAAAUUUGCUUGGGUCCAAUUAUCUACAGAAAGAAGCAUUCGUUUGCAUCCUUCUAGAGCUCUUGUGCUGUUCAAAGUUUUGCUUUGAAAAGGUUUCUAGUAAAAUCAAGCAGUUCAGUUUCCCACCAUUACACUUUUGCCCAUAAAUGCUUUUAGAACUGAAGAUGCUUUUUGUAAUUGCGUAUGUAUGAUGUUAUUAGAGAACCAAACUGUUCACUUUUAUUAAUAUCCUUUAAAUUCAUGUAGGAGAAAAAUCAUACAACAAAAAAUGUAUCUUGAGUAUUUCAGGUGUAUAGUCAGUAAAUCAUGCAUACACACACUUGUAUAUGUAUCAAUAAAAUGGUACCUUUUCAAUGAUUAUGUUAAUAAGCACGACACCUUUCUAUAGCUUUGUAUUCAGUGAGUAAUCUGGAAAUUAUAUAAAAAAAGACUUAUUCUAUGUAUUUUUUUAAUAUUUCUUUUUUUCGGUUUAAUGUUCUAUGAACAUAUCUAUAAACCCUUUUGGAGAAAGGCUUUGAUGAAUUUAUUAUCAGCACAUUGUACUUAAAAGGAUUUCAAAUCUGGACCCAAUCAUAGGCUCUUCCUUGUUCAAACCUAAAAUAAUGCUUAUACUUUGAGGCAGGAAAGCAUUCUGAGAGAGCUUUAUAGUUAUACCAUGAUGGCUAGCUGCUGCACCUUUAUACUUGUCCAGUGUGAAAAGCUACUGCACUUCCCAAUGCAGAACUGCAUGUUAUCUGAAAAAAAGCUUGAUGGAUAGUCAUGGAUUGUCUUUGGGUGUUUGUGGAGCUUUUAUUUUUUUGAUUGAAUUAAAGAAGGGAAAAUAUUUUCCUCUACAACCCCUAUUAUAUUUAAGCUAAAAAUUUUCAUACAUCGUAGAAGCUCAUAGAUGUUCUCUCUUUGUUUUUUUUUUUCCUUUUUUUUGGUAGUGUAGUAGAUUUUGUUUGUAGCAGUACUGUUCAUGUUACAGGCUAUUGUACUUUGCAGUGUUCUCUUUCUAAAUAUAAAUGAGAUCUUCUAUAUUUAUCUUGUGUAUAUACAAACAUACCUAUAUUACAUGUAAGAUAACUAAAGCACUUUGUCUAGAGAAAAAGAAAAAAAAAGAGGAAAAAAGCAUUCUUUUCCUUCCAUCUGCUGCUAAACAGGCCUUGUUUGAUUGCUGCAGUGAGUACUUGACUUUUACCAUCUUAACCAGGACAGGUUGAAAGUAAAGUCUUGAGAGGACAGGCCCCUGAGUGACGACAAGUCAAGCGUCACAAACUCCAUUUGCCUUUAGUAGACAUUUCCUAUGGAAAAGUGCAAAUUCUGCUUUGUGUCCUUCUUCAGGUUGAUGUACAGUAUUGACAUGUUCUCUCUGAACAUUACCAGAGGUGAAUAUUGCUAUCAAUAAUUUUUUUAAGUAAUUUGUACUUAAUGGGGGAAAUAUGAGGCGUUUGAGGAAGCGUAAGCUUCUUAUUAGUGGCUCAGAAAAAAAAAGAAAAAAAAAAUUAUAUCGAUGUACUGUAAGGCAAAUCUCCUUGCCAUAGGGAAUUAAUCAGACUACAUCCUUUUUGCCUUUCCAAACACCCAUCCAUUCUUGAUAAAAGGCAAGGCUCUAAAAGCUUUGUUGCUAUGACAACUUAUCCUGGCCUUCUUCGUGCCAUCUUGAACUAAAGCUUCUUAGCCUGGUGUUGGCUCUCAGUAGUUAUGACCAAUUUGUAAUUAAAAAAAAAAAAAAAAAAAAAAAAACACUGGCAAGUGACAAUGAGCAUGGGGUUUUAAGGUGGAGGCAUGUUUCUUAAGUCAGUGGCCUGCUGUAGUGGGAAAGUAUCUAUGUUUUGUCUUCGACUAUUGUUUUUUUUUUUUGUUUUGUUUUGUUUUUUCCCUUUGUUUUUAAAAUUUUUCUGUUUGAUGUGACAUUGUGAGUACAAGUGUUUAACCCGGAGACUCUGUGGCAUUCGAGCAGUCAAGGAAAUAGUUGUUAUUCAAAGCCAGUAAAUCUUUUUUUCUGUUGUUUGGUAUUUAAAUGUAAUCAUGAAAGAGCACAUAUUGUAUCAUAUAGUUUAAGUUAGAGUUAAUUAAGGGCCGAUUGAAAGGAAGAUUGAUCUAUCUUCAAAUCUUGUACAUGAUUUUAUUAUACACACUUAAGCUGGAAUAUAUUUAAAAUACCCAUUGCUUAGUAGAGUGCAUAAUAUUUACUUUGCAUGUGUUCCUUUGUUUGUAUUUGUUUCGUACUCCAACUGAUAAUGCUUUUUCAAGAUCGAAAUAAUGAUCCAACCAGCAAGUUGUUGUUUAUUUGAUGUAUUUGUUUUUGCCUAUUAUCCUGAGUCUCAAUUACCAUUUCAACUUUUAUAUUGCUAGAUUGCAAUCCUAAGGCAAGUAAGCUAGCUAUUGAAUCCAAAUUGUGCUUCUAUCUGUUGUCUGCACUAUAUACAAAUUCUAUGAAUGUUUGGGCUAAAGCUGCUUAAUCAUUUUGUAAAAUUGUACAGAAACUCAGUAACCAUUCCUUGUUCUGUUUGACUUGUGUGUGCCCACUCCUAAGUAAAAUAUUGUUAUUGUUUGUUAAGUACUUGCCACUGUAUUUGUACAAAUAAUGGCCAGUUGGAUCCCAGUAGAAAGUUACGGAAACGUUUCUUAAAUAAUUUUCCAAAAUGGCUACAGUACACAUUUAAAAAGAGAGAGCUGUUUGCAUUCGUGUGUUGGCUUUUCAUUUGUAUAAUUUUAGCAUGCUUAGUUUUUUGUAAAUGUGUGUCCUGAGCAUGUGAGAGACAUUGCUCUAACUGGUGCAUUUUGUAUGUCUUUGUAGUAAAAUCGGACAUUGCUUUAGUUUUCAGCUUUCCCAGUAAAAUUUUUUUUUGUUUGUUUUGUUUUUAUUAAGAAAUUGUAACUAAUAUUGUUCAGGUUAAGUCUAAAAGUUGUUCCUUAUGGUGGCCAUAAUUAAUGGUUUAGAGCAUUUGACAAACAUUUUCUGAGAGACAGUGUGUCUUACUGUUUGCUAAAUAAACAUGUCCAUUCUAAUGUGUAUUUAACCUGUUGGAUGGUUGUCUGUUAUGAUGUUUCGUCUGUUGUUUGUUUCUCAUGUAAUGGACCUUUACAGAGUAAGCAUUUUUGCUUUCAUUCUGUUACUAAAAUUGUUUCACAGAAGGAGGUGUGUAAAAUUACACCAUUGUUUCAAGUGCUGUAGAAAUGGCAUUCCUCAAGCUUAUUUUUGAGUAUGAUUAUUUUUAGGCUUUUUGUCGUACUAUUUCACAAAUAUUGGAUUGUUAUUUGAGCAUGAUGACGAAGUAUGAACAUUGUGCAUGCUGACUUAACUCACUUGCAUACAGUACAGAGUAACCGACCGUCCAGUCAGCCUCUGUUAUGAGCAGAGAACAUACACACUGAUUAAGUCACUGACCUUAAAGAAUGAGCACAAGGGGGUUUACUAUAGAUACCUCACAGACUUUGAUGUAUACACAAUUCAGCGGCGCUUCAGUUGUUGACAUGACUACAGAUAGUAAGCUGAAAAGACCCUUGUUGCCCUUGGUUUAACUGCAAAUUACAAAAUGAUUUUUUUAAAUGAUGCCUGCAGAAUCAGGUGCCUUAUUCACACAAAUGAAAUAUCCAAACUUGAUUUAUUGAGGUUUUCUAAGGAAACAAGUCUUCAGCCCAUUAUGCCAAGAAAUAAAUCAUGCUAAUUGUUUCUUUUUAUUCUGUAAAGCUUUCUGCAGAAUGAGAGCUGUUGCUGCUUUGCCUCAGACAGUUUUCAUGUAAAGAUGAAUGUAGUCUUCCUUCAGUGAAGUCAAUUCAAUAUGUUAAGCUUGUACAUUUUGACUUGUGGAACAUUAUGGUUGAGUGACUAUCCAAAGAGUGCUGUCAUGAUGUAGACUUGUUUUAAAAUGUUAAUAUUGUUAGUAUAUGUGUUUUAUUUCUUUGAUUUCUUUUGUUUGUUUUUGGUUUGUACGUUGGGUUCAAAUCAGUAGGUGAAUGCACAAGUCUGAACUGUUUUUUCUUUGUUUUGUUUUUUUCUGUGAUCUUUACAUUUUACUUGCCAUUACAUGUCUGUACUUUUCUUUUUUUCAGCCUGCUAUCAGUGAUCUGGUUGAAAAUACUUUAUUCCCCAUAAUUCCAGAAUGAAACAUGAGAGGGUUUUGCUGAAAUACAUUUAGCAGACCUGUAGUGCGUUAAAGACUUCUGUAGGGCCCUCAGAGGAGCUGGUGGAUCAGCCUUGGAAAGACAGUGUCAGACUUUGUAAGCAUUGUGUCCCCUCACCAACAUUCAAGAUUACUGUGCCUCUCGAUUCUUCUGGUUCUGCUGUUCCUCUAAUUACCAUGUGUGACUUUACUUGGAACAGUGUUCUUCAUUUACCGAAAGAAAUGGCCUUCACCAGUUUACUCUCAAUUGAACAGAAAUCCCAGUUUUCCAAAUCCAAAUCAAUGACACAAGUAGACACAUGCAUUGUUUGACAGAAGAUCGAUAAGAGGGCAGGAAGCAGAAGGUCCUUCUUGUUUUUGCUCAUGUUAGUGAUUAGCAGUUGAUGUUCCACUUGUGCAAGUUGCUGACAGCUUGUUUUCCCUGUACCUGACCACCUCCAUCGAGAAGUGCAGAGUUUUCUCGCCAUAGACGCAUGGCUUCCCACUAUGCUUUUGGAGGUAGGGAAGCUCUUCAUUUGUGCAAAACAAAACAUGGACUUUGGGUAGGAGUCCCGUCUCGCCGCCCAUUGGUGCUGAAUUUUGAAAAUACAUACUUGAACACCCUCAGUGGUAUGAGAGCUUAACUUGACUUAACAUCUGUUAAGGCUCAUGGACUUUUUUCUUCCCCCUUGCAAGAAACUGUGCUGGACAGUGGUCAAUUCGUCAUCAGCUGGAGCCACUGGAAACACCCGUGCCAAGGCCUCGUCCUGGUUAAAGGAUGACUGUGAUGGGCAUGGACAGAACCUGCGGUCGGGUGGGAGAAGGGUUGUGUAAAUGUAGCGGUGGUAGCUCUUUUUGUUUGUUUGUUUGUUUGUUUAUUACUUUAAGGAGGACAUUGGAGUGCUAGUAGGGUCACCUGGACUGUUGGCCUUAGUUUUCUCGACGUUCAGAAGACAACCACACAACCUGAUAAUAACAAACCCCUGUGUUUUUUCUGAGCACCACACUCACACAUCACACUGCAAUGAUUUACAUUUCCUUCCAAACUUUGCCAAAUUUCUAUUCUUCUUGCUAAUUAUUGACCUUCGGCGUGUGGUUUGAAAAAAAAAAUGUAGUAACAAAAAAAAAACAAGGGUUUGCUUGUUUUGAAAUCCAUACAACGUUCAAUUUUCAAUUGAAGGAAUUGUCACCCAUUUGGGAAAAAAAAACACAAUUCAUGACCUUGAUGUAAUGCUUCUGGUGUUGUAUGGUAUUUUACUAGAUAAAUUAGCAUGGGAUCUUUAAGUAGCUAGUACUGUGUGUGUACUCCCCAAGUGUAAAAUCUUUUUGUCACAGUAGGAAGGCUGUAUUUCAUUGCUAAGUGCUCUGUUCUAGAUCUCUUGGUGAUUCUAAAGCAGAAUUCUGCAGUAUAUCCUACUGAAACUAACAGUUACUUGAUCCUAUUAGCAAUGUCUAUAUUUGUAGUUCACACAUAUAUGCCUGUUGAAAUACAAUAUCUGAACAGUUAUUCUAUUUAUGUUUCAGUGUUGUGCUGGAGUUUUUUUUUUCCUUUCUCAUGUUUUUUCAAUUUUUUUUUCUUUCAUUUUAGAGGCACAGUUAGUUGGAAAACAACUUGUUUUUUGAGUAUUGUUAAUGUACAGAAGUAGGCUUAAAAUCAGUUGUGACAAAUUUUGAACGUGUCUACUCGUGCUUUUGUGCCUCUGUUUCUUUCUUAUUUUGUAUUAUUCGUUAUUAUGUCUCUGCAUUGUAUCAGCCCGGAGUUGGUACCACAUUUUUGCUUGUAACCAUGAUAGUCUAAUGCUAUUAUUGAUUUUAAUAUCACAAAUAAACAAUAGAUACAGCA